AUGUUAGUCCCUCCUUUCGAAGUGCGGGCUGCGGAUCCAUACAUGACGAACCCACCAACACAAUACCAGCCUAAUUUUCAAGCAAAUGUGCCACAGCCGCAUGGAUUCAAUAAUAUCAUUAAUCACAAGCGGCACUCCCAAAUUCCCACGUCGGAGAAUCGAAGCAACCAGAACAUGACGUUUGGAGAAUUCAUGAGAGUUCUAAAUGAAGAAUCACGUCAAUCGCAAGGUUCGGUGCAAGAGUUAAAGGGACUUCGGCCUCCUGCAACAGCCGGACGAGAGGAUAGUCCAGCAUAUCCCACGCUACCCCGGCCGGUGGGAUACCGACCCGACUACACGCCUCCACCAAAUUAUCAAGAGAGCGCAUCGCUUGUUCCUCACAUACAACCAUCAUCAGCUCAGCCGAAAACGUCGCUGUUAAAUUUAUCCAGUGUUUUAUCGCCUGCCGGUUCCAAUGGAGGUGGAUCUGGAAAUCUUAGUGGUUUGCUCAACUUAGUGUUUUCACUUUUCGGCGGUUCUUCGGGAUGGAACAUGAACGGACUGCAGGGCGGGAUUGUUGAAGGAAUUAUUAAACCUCUUAUGAAGGCAAAAGGAGGGAUUAAAGCUUUGAUUACUAAGAAGUUGGAGUUUGAUAAUGGUUACUUUGUUUGUUCGAGCAUGCGGGUAAGUGUGUUGCGUGGCGCGGCGCGGGCUGCGCGGCGGCGCUCGGCGUCGAUAGCGCACCGGCCUGACGUCGGCGCGCUCCGCACCCCGCGCGCCGCCACCCCGACGGCGCACGUCACACUCGACACCCGCGACACCCUCGGCACCCGAGCCGAGCCGCGCCGACCACCACACCGCGACGCGCACCAUCACCCCGUGACUGUUUACUGUGAACCCCAUCGAGACAUAGCUCCAGGAACCACCCAGUGUCGCGAGUUGUGCAAAAUCAGUAUCUGGUGA